GGUUUUCUUUUCUGAUCAGGCGCUUUAGGUGUUCAUGGGUCCUGGCAAUAUCAACUUUGCUGGGAAAUGUCGUUUUUUUCAUGCAUCCAUGGAAAAUGUAGUAUAAACAGUCGUUUGCUGCACUCGGCUGCACUCUGUUUGGAACUCUCAGUACUACAACUCCCACAAAGCCUUGCUGGCUUUCGCUCGUGUCGAGCGAUAUGGCGUCUUCUUGAAGCGUACACAAAUCGCAACUUAGCUAACUGUUUUGUGGACAAAUUAUUAAGAUGGCAGCCGACUCCACAGACAAGAAGGAUGCUGAAUCCUCAGGGACCAAAGAGAGAGAGAGGAAACGCAGCCGUUCACGAGAACGUAAACUCUCGCCUACACGUAAGCGCAAUCGUUCUCGUGAACGAAAUCGCUCUAAGUCUGCAGAAAGAGACCGUCGCAUGAAAGACAAGGAUAGAGACAAGGAGCGUGACAGAGAUAAGGACAGAGAGAGGGGCCGUAAGGACAGAGAAGCACAUCGACGUGAUAAAGAUCGCAGUAAGAGAUCCAGAAGUCUCUCACCCAAGUCGAAGGAUGCCAAAUCAAAGAGAGAGAGGGAUAUAAAAACAGAAGAGGAAGAAGAUGAAAAAAAGAAAAAAGAGAAGGUCCAACCUUUAUCUUUGGAAGAGCUUCUCGCCAAGAAGAAGGCAGAAGAGGAAGCAGAGGCAAAGCCCAAGUUUCUCUCUAAGGCAGAGCGAGAAUCAGAGGCUCUUAAACGGAGGGAGCAACAAACGGAGGAAAGGAGGAGAUUAUUGGAAGAUGAGAGGAAGAAGAGAAGGAUGUUCCAGGACAUGGGGAGAAAAAUGAUGGAGGACCCCCAGGAAAGAGAGAGACGAGAGCGAAGAGAGCGAAUGGAGAGAGAAAACAACGGGAAUGAAGAUGAUGAUGGAAGACAAAAGCUCAGAGAGGAGAAAGAUAAAAGCAAAGAACUCCACGCCAUCAAGGAGCGUUACCUGGGUGGGCUCAAGAAACGCCGAAGAACUCGUCACCUGAACGACAGGAAAUUUGUGUUUGAGUGGGACGCUUCUGAAGACACCUCAGUUGAUUACAACCCAAUUUACAAAGAAAAGCACCACGUGCAGCUGUAUGGACGAGGCUUCAUCGCUGGCAUCGACUUGAAGCAGCAGAAACGAGAUCAGUCACAUUUCUAUGGUGACUUAAUGGAGAGAAGGCGCACGCUGGAAGAGAAGGAGCAGGAAGAGACAAGACUGAAGAAGAUGCGUAAGAAGGAAGCGAAGCAGCGCUGGGACGACAGACAUUGGUCUCAAAAGAAGCUGGACGAGAUGACGGACAGAGACUGGCGAAUCUUUAGAGAGGACUACAGCAUCACCACCAAGGGAGGAAAGAUCCCGAACCCCAUCAGGAACUGGAAGGAGUAUUCAAUGCCCGAUCACAUCCUGGAGGUCAUCGAAAAGUGUGGUUACAAGGAUCCGACACCCAUUCAGAGGCAAGCCAUUCCUAUUGGUUUACAGAACCGUGACAUCAUUGGUGUGGCCGAAACAGGUAGCGGUAAAACAGCUGCUUUCCUGAUUCCACUGCUUGUCUGGAUCACCACCCUGCCAAAGAUUGACAGAAUUGAAGACUCAGACCAGGGUCCUUAUGCUGUGAUCCUGGCUCCAACUCGUGAGUUGGCGCAGCAGAUUGAAGAGGAGACCAUAAAGUUUGGUAAACCGCUUGGCAUCCGCACAGUGGCUGUGAUUGGAGGAAUCUCCAGAGAAGACCAGGGCUUCCGUCUCAGAAUGGGCUGUGAGAUUGUGAUCGCCACCCCCGGCCGUCUGAUUGAUGUGCUGGAGAACCGGUACCUGGUUCUGGGCCGCUGCACCUAUGUGGUCCUCGAUGAGGCAGAUCGUAUGAUUGACAUGGGCUUCGAGCCCGACGUCCAGAAGAUUCUGGAGUACAUCCCAGUGACCAAUCAGAAACCAGACACCGACGAAGCAGAGGACCCUGAGAAAAUGAUGCUGAACUUUGAAUCUGGAAAACAUAAAUACAGACAAACGGUCAUGUUCACAGCCACUAUGCCUGCAGCUGUAGAGAGACUGGCCAGGAGCUAUUUGAGACGUCCUGCUGUGGUGUACAUUGGGUCUGCUGGCAAACCUCACGAGAGAGUUGAACAGAAGGUGUUGCUAAUGUCAGAGGGAGAGAAGAGGAAGAAGCUGCUGGAGGUGUUGUCUCAUGGCUUUGAGCCUCCCAUCAUCAUCUUCGUCAACCAGAAGAAGGGUUGUGACGUGCUGGCUAAGUCUCUGGAGAAGAUGGGGUACAAUGCUUGCACGCUGCACGGUGGCAAAGGCCAGGAGCAGAGAGAGUUUGCGCUCUCCAACCUCAAGGCGGGAGCCAAAGAUAUCCUGGUGGCCACCGACGUUGCUGGUCGAGGUAUCGAUAUCCAUGACGUCUCCAUGGUCCUCAACUAUGACAUGGCUAAGAACAUUGAAGAUUACAUCCAUCGUAUAGGUCGUACGGGGCGUGCCGGUAAGAGUGGUAUGGCCUUGACUUUCCUUACCAAAGAGGACUCAGCAGUUUUCUACGACCUGAAGCAGGCCAUCCUGGAAAGCCCGGUCUCCACCUGCCCUCCAGAGCUGACCAACCACCCGGAAGCUCAGCACAAACCUGGAACCAUCCUGACCAAGAAGAGACGCGAGGAGACCAUCUUUGCCUGAUUUAUCCCAGAUGUUCCCAUAAGAAUCGGACUUUACACAGUGAACACACACUCAUCAGUGUCUCGUGUUUCAUCAUGUUGUAUCUGCACAGAAUGUCUCUGUUUUACAUCAAGAUUUGGUCUCAAGGUAUUUUAAUUCUUACCUUAUUUUUCUCUUUUGCUGUUGGUCUGUUUUUGUCUUUUCAGCCAGGCAGUUGUCUUUCACUAGUGCAAAAAUCAUCACCACAGUUUUUUGGGAUUUUAAACUUGAACAUGGGCAGUUUGUCAUCGAUGUGCGUGAAUUUGCAUAAUUCUACUCAUUCAAACGUGUAAAUGUAAAGUCAGUGGUAGUUUUGUUUUUCUUCUAUAACCAAGAUGUGAUAAUGUAAUGAUCUUGCUCUUCAGUUAUCCAUUGUAAGAAAUACCAACCAGGAUGCGAGUGUAGAUGAGUAGUAAGCGUUAUCCUUUAUUACUUCUCUGUGAACCAUAAUUUGAGUUUCCUGACUGUUUAAGAGGCCAAUGACCGAAGUCCCUGCCAGUUUCUUCAGAUGCAUUCUGUAUGUCAUCAUUUUAAAUGGAAACAUUUGUAAGUUGUGAAUACAGCAAAUUUGAGUGACGUCUGGCUAAUAACUGUCGAAAAACAUAU